UCAAAAGCUUCCUGCUUUUCACGGAAAUAUCAUACGAGAAACUACUGCGGCCGAGACUGUGAUAAACCAGCUUAAAGGCAGUGAGCAAAGCAAGGCCAAGGAAAACGUGAAGGAGAAAAUUAUUUUAUACUUUCUGAAGAAUUUAGCGAAUGGCUGGAGGGGUUUUUUGUCUCAAAUAGCGCCAGAACCCAACUCUAGCGUAACGUUGUAGAGCAACUCUGAUUUCUGUUAAUAAUUAAUUCGCUGUUAAGGUAACCUUUCUCAGAGCACGCAACUGGUGGUGAUUUCACGUUGUUGUUUGGCAGUAGGUUCGAUUUCCGACCUUUCCUCCAGUUUGUGCUCCAAUGAGCGCUGGCUCAUUCUCAAACAGCGGCUGAUAAUCGUAGACAAGGAAAAGUGCAAAGGUUUAAAUGCUAAAUUUUUUUGCUCGUUAAAUCUUCUGUUUGAACACACUCUCGUCACCAAUAUUUGCUGUCUUGGCUUUUCCAAAGUCCCGAAUAUAACAUAAGGACCUCAUUUCAAUCAGAAACAUGUCAAAUUUGACAUCGUUUUGUGGUCGGGAUUUGAGUAAAAAAAUUUCACUUUUUAGCAAGGGUAUUCACACCAAAACUUAGUGAUAAGACUGGAGGACGAAUAUCUCGGAGUAAAAACCUCGACAUAUAAUGGUGACAAAUUUCUCGAUCCACAAUUACUUAAAAAAACAAGCAGAGAACGGCUACAUUAAUUUAAAUGCAUCUAAAUGAGCUUGGGAUUUUGAUGGCCGAACACAAUGCACUUUAAAGAUGCUAUUUCCCGACUUUAUGGAUCACCUUGGAAAUUUGAAAUUAUUAUUUUUGUCUUGUAAAAGAAAAGCGUUAAAAUCGGUUUGCUGGUGUGGGACUGAAAGGGAGUUGUUGAUGAUGGAAAAGAGAUAAUUAUUGACACAAUUAGCAAGUAAGAGAGACCGAAAGUUGAAAAAAUGUGUAUUUGAAAAAUUAGUCUUUUUUUUGGUCAAAAUUGCUUUGCAAUAUAUAAGUUGACUUGAAUUUUUCAAACUGAUAUAUUUGUGUUGCAUCAAACUAUAUAUUUUUCAAAAGAUAUUACAAUUCAAUUUGUUGAUCUCUUGAUUAAUUGUCUUUUACAUGUUUUGCAUUUCCUUGAUUUUAAUAGUGUCAUGUAGUAUGAGCUUCACAGAUGACAUACCAAAGAGUCUGUUAAAGGCCACAUUAGAGAAAAAGGUCACUCUAAGCUGGAGCUUUUCAUACAACAAUUUGGUAGGCAAUCCGGCCGGCCCAUUUGGUGCCCCUGAUGUGUACGAAAUCACCUUUGGCAUCUAUAAUUCAAUACAUAAUGGGAACUUCAUGACCAAGAAGCUUGGUGUUGUAGAUAGUGGUGGAAAUUUCAAGGUGCGAGACGGAUAUGAUAGCAUAAUGCGUUGGAACUAGUCAAUAUACAAAUUAACAUUCACUCUUAAAAACUUUACCAUUCAAGAUCAGGCAAUGUAUGGUGUGAAUGUUGAGCUUGGCUUGAGUCAGAUGCCACUCAAGCAUUCUGUGCACGUGAUUGUUACCACAGGACCCUCAUACGCGUUUCAACAUGGCAGCUCAAUUGUUCGUAAUGAGUCAGCCAACAUGAUGGAGACUACUGACCUAUCGUUUACAAGAUCAGUAGACGACCGAACUGUUGGCCGUGCCAAGUACACUCUCUUAAAAAAUAACGUGGCCAUUCUUAUCAUUGGAAAGAACAGAGAGGAUAAAAAAUUCAGUUGCACUCAAGUUACCAAUUUAAAAAUUCCUACACCCUGUCCUGAUGAUGACUUCUCAGUGAACGAAACUUACAUUUCUUUUAAACUAAGAAAUGUAACUUUACAAGAUGCUGGUCGAUACCUCUGUGAAAAGUAUCUGUCAGGCCUCCAUAAUACGACAUGGGAGGAAAUCAAUCUUUUUAUAAGAGAAAUUUCAACCGUGAAAACAACUGAUGACGACACAUCAACUCUCAGCACAAACAGCAGUUGUUCUGGUUAGUAUUGAUUGUAAAACCUACAAGUAAACUCAUAGUCCAAACAGUGAGCUGAUAGGAAGUUAGAGUAUCAAAAGAUCAAGUCAUAAUACAAAAUAUGUACAGAAGAGCACGGUCAGGUGUAGAAUAGUUUUGUGAGCAGUAAAUGUAUCAUUUGCGAGCAGGUCCUUAUUAUUAGCAUUUCACCACGAGCUCGUGGGAAAUUAUGAGGCUUUGAGUUACGUGAACCGGCGAGAGGUCUACAAGGGAUCCAGACCCCCACCAAACAUCUCCCCGAUUCGUCACCAGUAUUCCCACAAGCGGAAAAACGCGCGUCGUGUAGUGCUAAUAAUGAAGGCCUAGUUCGCAGGUUAGUAAAUGCAAGGAAUAAAGCAGAAUUGGACUGAAAGUACAUGAAGUGGUUGGAUCAAUGUUAAAAAUGACUAACGAUGUGGAGUGGAAUGUCAACAGCAUGAGCCAUGUGUCUUGUAUGGAAAGAGGUAACGUAGCUUAGCGCACUCGAGGUCAGUGUUGUUCAAGUGGAGUGGAGCAUUAAAAGGGCCAUCACUUGCAGUAGACUGGCGUGGGAUUGACUUGGUGUAGUCUGUACGUACUCGUGCAAAAUACAAUUAAGCUAGCUUGUUUCGGUGAGAUAGUAUUUUAUUGAUGUGGAAUAUUAGCAUGAAUCAGGAACCAUUCCUUAGGCUCCUGCCUGAAUUCAUCUGAAUAGGGAUCAGUGUGAGGUGUUGGUGUGUGAAAGAUGAAGAGUGCCGUCGAGUAACAUCAAAUCGUGGGAAAUAAAAAUGUGAUUAAGUUCUCAAAUGUGUUAGAUUAAUUGCUGUGGGAAAAGAGUCCAUUGGAAAUGUUACGCGUUAAAUGCACAGAAGUAGUGCUGAGUUGCUCGGAUCGUGCAAGGUGCGUGGCACUGGCGCAGAAUACUGUGGCUAGAGGAGGAUGAAAUGGUAAAUGCGCGUAGCAAGAGAUUAUCAGUUCGGGUCCUCUUGCAUACAUUGGUAUUUAGAGAACAAGCAGGCGCUGAAUUUAAAAAUGAAGUAAAGUGCCGUGGAGAAGCGUGACAAAGAGUAGGAUAUCUAGGACUGAGAAAAAUUUCCUUUGCCAUUGUUAUUGUCAAUGUAUUGCUUCUGAAUAUAAAAAAAAAAGAAGAGAGAAAUAAAGAAAAAGACAUUCACAUUUUGAAAAGGUAUAACGUGAAAUUUUAGGCUAU